UCAAUAACUCCCCAGGAGGCUGCUGUUCUCCCCCCCGCUUCCCACCCUCCCACUUGUCUCGGUGUCUCUGCAUUCAUGCCUUUUUGGCCCUCCCUCGGCAGCGGGCGAGGAAUAAAGCGGCGCCGGGCUGAGCACGACGCAGGCUGCGCUGGGGAUGCUGUGAGCCAGCGGAGGGAAGCCUGAAUCACCGGCACCUCGAGGAUUUUUAGAUGUGCCCUGAUGCCGCAGGGUCUCCCCGCUCCUGGAAAUGCAGCUCUCUUCCAGUGUGGCUGAACUCAGUUGUGACGAGACGAUGGACCCACCGGCUGAGGACUUCCAGCAGGUCCUGUCCAUUGACCAAAUCCGCUCCAUCCGUGCCAGCAACAACUACGUGGAGAGGCCAGCUGCCUGCUUCCAGCAAACCCGCUCCAACCCAUCCCUGUCCCAGCCCCCGCACAAGCAAGAGUGGUCCCAGGACCGCCUGGCGUCUUCCACCUUCCAGGACCUGCACCGCAGCCACAGCCAACAGCACCAGAUGCCACCGUCGCAGCAACACAUGAGCCAUUCCAGCACGGCCAGCUCCGUCUCCCAAAGCACCACCGCCUCCGACCAGCGCCUCCUGAGCAGCCUCACGCCUUCCCACUCCGGGCACUCCCUCAUCCGGACGCAACCCCGGGCCGGCGAGCUGAAAGCGGAGGAAUCGCCGCUGAAAGGGGUGGCGGAGAAGCCCACCCUCCACACCGGCCACCUCUUCAUCUGCGAGGAGUGCGGGCGAUGCAAGUGCGCCCGCUGCACGGCCGCCCGCAGCCUGCCCUCCUGCUGGCUCUGCAACCAGCGCUGCCUCUGCUCCCCCGAGAGCCUCCUCGACUACGGGACUUGCCUCUGCUGCGUCAAGGGUCUCUUCUACCACUGCUCCACCGACGACGAGGACACCUGCGCCGACGAGCCCCGCUCCUGCGGGCAGGGGCGCUGCUGCGGGGCUGCCAUGAGCUUCCUCUCCCUCCUCAUGCCCUGCCUCUGCUGCUACUUUCCCACCCUGGGGUGCCUCAAACUGUGCCAGCGGGGUUACGACGGCCUGAAACGACCCGGCUGCCGCUGCCAGAGCCACACCAACACGGUCUGCAGGAAGAUCUCCUCCUCCAGCGGCACGCCUUUCCCCAAAACGCUGGAUAAGCCGGUAUGA